AUAUAGUGCAUCUCGGUCUCUACGACAUGAAAUUUUGGCUCCGGAGCUCCGGUAAUUAUUUCCGGGAUGUGCCUGUAAUUACCAAUACCCCAUGAACCUUAAAAUUAUUUUAGCAUACCUUAUGGGUAUAUGUGUAAUUUACCGUAAACUUUAAUAUUUAGUACACUUCACUUGAUUUACAAAUUAAUCUUUGUUACUUCAUACAGUGAGUCCCGUCAUUCUAAUGGCAGCUCCGCGAAUCCUUCUCUCCGGCGACGCUCUCGGCCGCCUGAACCAACUCUUCAAACGCGUUUCCUCAGUGAACAAAUCGGCGGGGCCAUUCGACGCGCUGCUGUGUGUGGGGCAGUUCUUCCCUGAUUCCGAGGAUCAGCUGGCGGAGUUGAAUGACUACAUCGAAGGCCGCUCCAAAAUCCCUAUCCCCACUUACUUCAUCGGCGAUUACGGCGUUGGUGCCGCCAAAAUUUUAUCGGCCGUGGCCAGAGAUUCGGCUAACCUAGGGUUUAAGAUGGACGGCCUGAAAGUAUGCGAGAAUUUGUACUGGUUGAGAGGCAGCGGGCAGUUCCUCCUCCAUGGUCUUUGUGUGGCAUAUUUAUCUGGUAGGCAGUCUUCAAGUGGCCAACAAUUUGGGACAUACAGUCAAGACGAUGUUGACUCCUUAAGAGCGUUUUCUGAGGAGCCAGGAAUUGUUGAUUUGUUCUUGACUAAUGAAUGGCCCAGUGGAGUCACAAAAAGGGCUGCUGCAUCUGGUAUUCCUUCUGGAAUGCCUGAUCCGAUUAUCGGUGAUGCAACCAUAUCAGAAUUAGUUGCAGAACUCAAGCCGCGCUACCAUAUUGCAGGCACUAUUGGCGUCUACUAUGAUCGUGAACCUUAUGUUAAUGACGGUGCUAGCCAUGUGACUCGUUUUAUAGCCCUUGCUAAAGUUGGAAAUAAAGAAAAGCAGAAAUUUAUUCAUGCACUUUCGCCAAAUCCAGCAUCCAAAAUGUCAGUUGCUGAGAUCUGUGCAAAACCGUCAAAUACUACUUUAUCUCCAUAUUCAUUUGUUGAGGAAACUGGAUCUGGCAAUGGAGCAGCAAAAAGAUCUGCUGACAGUGGUUCUGACACACAGUAUUGGCGGUAUGACGUGUCCAAGAAAAGGCAGAAACAUGGAGAUGGUGAAGGCUUAUGCUUCAAGUUUGUAUCUUCAGGGUCUUGUCCAAGAGGUGAGAAGUGCCAUUUCCGACAUGAUGCAGAUGCAAGAGAACAAUCUGUUAGAGGGGUUUGUUUUGAAUUUUUAAACAAAGGAAAAUGUGAAAGAGGCGAAGAUUGCAAAUUUAAGCAUGAGUUGCAAGAAGAAGGCAAAGGAUUUUCCAGCGGAUCGGGAACUGGAACUGGAAGCUUGAACAGAUCCAAGGAAUGCUGGUUUUGUUUGUCAAGCCCCAGUGUGGAGUCGCAUCUAAUCACUAGCAUAGGAGAAUACUGCUAUUGCGCACUACCUAAAGGACCGUUAGUCGAAGAUCAUGUGCUGAUAAUACCUAUCGAACAUUUGCCAAACACCCUCUCUCUACCACCAGAAUGUGAAGAAGACUUAUCUAGACUCCAGAGAAGCCUCCAAGCUUACUUCAAGCGACAAGGGAAGGAAGUAGUUUUCUUUGAGUGGGUUUCUAAACGCGGAACUCAUGCCAAUCUUCAGGCUGUUCCUAUACCUUCAUCCAGAGCAUCUUCUGUUGAACAAAUUUUCAGUUUAGCUGCCAAGAAGUUGGGUUUCACAUUUACUUCCGUUAAAAAUGAAAACAGUUUGGAAGGACGGAGAUUGUUGGGAAUGCACCUUGACAGAAAUCAGAGUUUAUUUUAUGUCGAAGUUCCUGGAGGAACAAUCCUGUCACAUAUCGUUGAGGAGAAUGAGAAGUUUCCUGCCCAAUUUGGUCGUGAGGUUAUGGCUGGAUUGUUGAAUAUGGCUGAUAAGGCUGAUUGGAGGAAUAGCCAGCUCACUAAAGACGAAGAAACAAAUAUGGCCGCGAAAUUCAAGAGUCGAUUUAAGGAGUUCGAUCCAAAUACCUGAUACUCGCAAUGUUCAGGUACAUUCCACCACAACCCCGUUUCUGUUUUCUUGAUUUGCUGUUGACUUUGCACGGACUCAUGGCAUAGAGAUUGAACUUGGUCAAAUCUUUUCAGCUGUCACUUAGAGCACACCACCCGAACGAAUUGAAUUCAUCACUUAACUUGCUUCUCUAGGCGAAGCCAUGCUUUCAUUUGGUGCAAAUUCGUUUAUUUAUUUUUGUUCACCUCCAAAAUCAUCGAGAAGCGUGUCCAUGUGACGUAAUUUGGCUUUUUUUUUCGAUUUUUUUCUGAGUUAUUGUUUCUAUUAAGAGUUAUUUGAUAGUACUCGUAAACGAAAACUCGUGGUGAGUUUUUCAAAUGGUACCACUGUGGAUAGGUUGGGUCCAUAAGAAUCAAAUCAAUAGAUUUCAUAUUAAUUGCAUUGAACACCAACCUGGAAAUUUCAAAUUUUAGUGAAAUGACAAAUCAUUUUAAAU